AUGAGUAGCAUAGCCAGAUUGAUGACUACUAAAAUAAUUGCUAGUGCUACUGUAAGAGCCGUUAAGAAAAGGGUCCUCCCUUCACGAGCAGCUCUUGUACUGACACCAACUGCAGUACAAAAAGUCAAAGAAAUAAUGUCUAAAGAAGAAGCUAAAGGAUUUAUUGGACUAAAGGUUGGAGUCAGACAAAGGGGAUGUAAUGGAUUAUCCUAUACAUUAGAUUAUGCAACAUCAAAAGACAAGUUAGAUGAAGAAGUGAAACAAGAUGGAGUUACAAUUAUAAUAGACAAAAAGGCGCAACUAACUUUAUUAGGAACUGAAAUGGAUUAUGUAGAAGAUAAACUUUCGGCUGAAUUUGUUUUUAACAAUCCUAACAUAAAAGGUACUUGUGGCUGUGGAGAAUCCUUUAGUAUA